CCAUCAGCGAGGCUUUGCUCUGCUCGUGGUUGCACGCCGAGUCUCUUGCCGUCCCCGCCGUCCCCGCCCCCGCCGCCGCCGCCGCCAUGUCGCCGCUCGCCUGUUCGUUGUUCGCGCUCGCCGCGCUGCUCGCCGCCGCCGACGCACAAAUGGUACAAAGAUGCUCCACAAAGACAAUAGGUCCAGUAACUCUCUACCAGCAACCUGUGGCUUCAGAAGGUUUACCCUACGGGCCGUCGCAAAUAGACUUCAAAAAUUUAUGCGGAGCACCUAUGACUAACGUUGGUGAAAAGAUAACCGUGUGCAACAAGACCCUGAACGACUACCCCGCGCCCGUGAUCUCGGCGCCGGACGACGGGUCCGUGUCCCCCGUGAGUGUGUACUGCGCCGACCUCGCCGGCUGCACCGCCGAGCCCAUGUCAGAGUCCUGCGACUUUUAUUAGACCUUGUUCGCCAUCCUGAUUCCGUUCUCUUUAAAAUGCUUCGCAAAAUCACUUAAUUUCCAAUAUAAUUUAUUCCAGAUAUCAGAUUUCAUGCAUUCUAUUUGAUUAAAAUUUUAAUGGCCCUAA